AUGGCUGCCGUCGUGAAUGGCGUCCCCGUCGCCAUCCCGCCGCCAGAAGGCUAUGAAGUCGAUUUUGACAACCCUCAGCGCAACAGUGUGACUGCGGCAUACUGGCUCUUCGGCGUUGGGAAUUUUCUUACACUUCUGUUCAUGCUUCAGCGAGCCUACGUCCGAUUGGUGAUUCAGAAGACACUCCGGCUAGAAGAUGCUUGCUUGGGUAUCGCAUAUGUGUUUUCGGUGGUCCUCCAAACCCUCAUUAUCCGCGACUUUGCUCGAGGUAUAAUGGGUACACAUGGCUGGGAAAUGCCAAUCACGAAAUUCGCCAUGUUCGUUCGAGCGUUAUACCUCCUCCCGAUCCUCUACAACCCGGUUCAAUGCGGUGCAAAAAUGGCCCUCCUCCUCGUCUACCGCCGACUCGCACCUCAAAUGUGGUUUCGCAUUUCCGUCUGGUUCACGACUUUUGUGGUAAUCGGGUCAUCCUUGGCCAUCACGUUCGUCACCAUCUUCCCCUGUCAACCAACUCGAGCGGCGUGGGACAUCAGCUAUACGAAUCCGAAGUGCAUUGAUAGGAAUGCUGUAUACAAGGCCACGGCGGCUCUGGGAGCCAUUACGGAUCUCAUGGUGCUCGCAAUCCCCAUCCCAGUCGUCAUACCGCUUCAGAUAUCGAUGAGGCAGAAGAUCGGGUUGAUCUGUUUCUUCGCUGUUGGUGGAGUGACCGUAUUCACCUCCAUCAUGAGACUUAUAGCACUCAUCAACUCGAUGGGUGAUAUGGACCAAUCUUGGGGUGGCGGGCCAGUACUCCUUUGGAUUUUUGCCGAAGCCAACCUCUCUUGCAUCUGUGCCGCCCUCCCCACGGUCAAGCCCUUCAUCAAGCAUAUUUCCCCCCGAAUCCUCGGCACAACGGAUCCCGCGACCAAGAGUGGCCCUGCAUUCUCUAACCCUAGCGCUCCACCAACUAUCGGAGCGAUAGGCACCGGCAAUCAAAGACACGAUCGAUACCAACGCUUCGACGAUGGCCCUAUGUACCCUCUGCAAACUGUAUCCAAGGUGGAGGCUUCCAAGGGAUACGAUCCCAACGUUGGGAACACUUGGCAACAUGCACGUCAGAGUUCGUUGAAUAGCCAAGGGGAUUCUAGCUCUGAAAAGGCUAUUAUACAAACAAGAACUACGGCUGUUACAUACUCUGCUUGA